CCCCGCCGCCAGGCGGCGCUGUGGCGGGCGCGGCGCGUCCCGGACGCUGCGUCAGCGGCGGCGGAGCGGCGCGAGCGGGAGGCGGGAGCGGCCGGCCGCUAGACCCCCCCCGCCAUGGGCCAACGCCCCCCGUGAGCCCCCGGCCCGGGCGCGGCCGUGCUGGCGGCGGUGGGGGGGGGGGGCGGCGCAGGAUUCCCCCCCCCCCCAACCGUGGGACCCCCGAGAGAGCGACAGCCAUGAGCGCCCCCCCGCGGUCGGAGCUCGCCGCCGCCGCCGCCGCCCUGCUCCGCCUGGGCGAGGAGCGCCCCCCGGCGGCCGCCAUGAGCCUCCUGCAGCGCAAGGGACGGCCCGAGUGGCGCCCCCGCGAGGAGGAGCCGCGCAAGGGGGUGCCCAAGGCGCGGGAGGGGGGGUCCCUGCGGCGCCCGCUGCGGGUGGGCUUCCUGACGCUGCCGGCGCCGCAGGAGCGCGGCCCCCGGCCCUGCGCCCCCGGCAUGGCCCCCCGCUCGCUGUCCUGCCACGCCGUGGGGCUGCCCGAGCCGGGGGUGCCCCUGCGCCCCCCGGGACCCCGCUCAGGACCCCCCGAGGGCCGCGGCCUGGAGGCGCCGCCCGCCAAGAGAGGUGGCACGCCCCGAGGGGGCUGCGUGCGGCAGACGCCCCCCCUGAAGCCCUCGCGCAGCCCCCAGACCCGGCUGUCCUCCGGGGCACCUCCACCGGCCCUGGCCGAGCAGGGCGAGGCAGAGGAGCCGGUGUACAUCGAGAUGGUGGGGGACGCCCGGGGGGUCCCGGGGGGCGAUCCCCGGCGCGGGGGCCCGGCGGGGGCGCCCCCCGCGCCCACCGAGGAGCCCGAGGCCAUCUACGAGGAGAUGAGCUGCCCCCUGCCCGCGGGGGAGGGGCCGGGACACGCCCCUUUCCACGGACACGCCCCUUUCCACGGACACGCCCCUUUCCACGGACACGCCCCCUCCCACGGACACGCCCCCUCCCACGGACACGCCCCUUUCCAUGGACACGCCCCUUUGGGCGGCCCCGCGCCGCACUCCGGCCACGCCCCUUUCUCCGGCCACGCCCCUCACGCGGGCCGCGCCCCCUUCAUUGGCCACGCCCCCUUCUCCGGCCCCGCCCCCAUCCCGCCGCCCUUCCCCAACCUGCUGCCGCCCCGCCCCCCGCCGCUGGCCCCGCCCCCCGAGGCCGCCUCGCGCCUGCCCCUCCCCUCGCGCCGCGAGGCCCCGCCCCCCGCGCGCGCGCGCAGCCAUUCCACGCCCCUCCCCCCGCACCACGCGCCGGGGGGGGCGGGGGGGCGCGAGCGCGGCGGGGGGGCGGGGCUGGGGCCGCUGCCCCUCCCCCCGCCCGCCGAAGCCCCGCCCCCCGGGAAGCGCCCGCCCGCCUACGAGAGCGUGCGCGGGGGCGUGGCCGCGGCAGGCCCCGCCCUCGGCCGCGAGGAGGACACGCCCCUUCGGCGCGGAGGGGGCGGAGCCUCCGCCCGGCGCGGGAAGGAGACCGAGAAGGCACCGGAGCCCCCCCGGGAGGAGCGGGCGGCGGCGGCCCCGCCCCCCUCGGGCAUCCCGGUCCGGGCCGAGGGGCCCCGGGGGCGGCCCGGGCCCGCCCUGCCCUGCCAGACCUUCCCGGCCUGCGGGAGGGCCUCCGAGCUGCCCGGGGGUCCCCGCCUGGGCCGCUCGGCCUCCACCUCGGGGGUGCGGCAGGCCGGGGCCCCCCCGUUCCCACGCGGCCCCCCCACAUCGCGGCCCCUCUCCGGUGGGGUCCCCGGGGGGGGCUUCCCCGCCGCCGCCGCCGCCCCCCGGGCCCGGGACGGGCAGCUGCAGGAGGUGAUCGACCGCAAGCGCUGCGUGUGCACCGAGAUCAAGGCGCGGGGGGGGCGGGGGGGGGGGCUGUGCAAGCAGGACAGCCUGCCCCCCCUGCCCGCCCCCCCCGCCUGGAAAGGGGGCGCCGCUCCCGAAGGACGCCCCCCGCCCCCGCCGCCCCCCGGCACCCCCCCGGCCCGCCGGCCGCACGCCGUGCUCUGGGACACCGCCAUCUGACCCCCCCACCCCGGGGUGCCUGGAGCACCCCAAAUCUGCCCCCGAGCCUGGGGGGGGUCCCCGAGAUCGUGGGGUGGGGGGGGGCUCCUGAGGAUAAAGGGGGGGGGUCCUGAAGUGGGGAGGGGGGGUGACACGGCUGGGCCGGGUUGGGGAGAAAUGGGGCUGGGGGGUAUUUAUGGUGUGCUGAGCCCCCCCCGCGUAAAUAUCGGGGGGCACACAAAGGGGGGAGGAUGGAGACCACCCCCCCCUCCCGCGGUAACAGGGAGGGACCCCAAAAAACGGGGGGGGGCGCAAAAAAAAACCCCAUAAAAUGGGGCGAGUUCCAGCCCCUCAUUACGGGGGAUUAAUUAAACCCCCCCCCCAACUAAGAGGGUGUCGAGCCUCAAUAUCGGGGCGCAGCCCCCCCCCCCCCGCGAACUGAGGGGGUCCCUGCAAUGGGGGUUCACCCCGUCAAAGGGGGGGUUCACCCCUGCAAAGGGGGGGUUCACCCCCGCCCGGGGGGGCCCAGCCCCCCGAAAGGGGAGGGUGCUGUAACUGCUUUGCAAUGUAUUUAUUGGGGGGGGGGUAUUUAUGGGGGUGCAUCAAGCAGGGGUUGG